UUCCUCGCUCGGUCUACACUCACCAACCGUGCAUCUACCUUUCUUUGACUAACUAAUCAAACCUACCCCAACCAUUUUGUUUAAUUUUUCACCAAUAACUAACAUAGUGAUUGACGCCAAAUUUCCCUGCCCUUCAUCUCUUCAAGCCCUUCACAGCUUGAAGAGCUUCAGAUCUUACUAUUCUUUGUUGAUUUUGCUCAUAAAGUUAUAAGAGAACACUACUCCUCGCGUCUCUCGUCAUUCUCAUCUCUUAGUCUAACUAAAUGGGUGACAGCAAGGUUUACUCUCUCGCCGAGAUCUCAGAACACAACCAUAACAAGGACUGUUGGCUCCUCAUCGGCGGCAAGAUAUAUGAUGUGACAAAAUUCUUGGAAGACCAUCCAGGUGGUGAUGAUGUUUUGUUGUCAGCAACUGGGAAGGAUGCGACUGAUGACUUUGAGGAUGUGGGUCACAGCACCAGUGCCCGGGAAACGAUGAAGGAAAUGUAUAUUGGUGAAAUUGAUUCCACAACCAUUCCCGCCAAGACCAGCUACAAACCUCCAAAGCAGCCUCACUACAACCAGGACAAGACCCCCGAGUUCAUCAUCAAGCUCUUGCAGUUCUUAGUCCCUUUGGUUAUUCUUGGGGUUGCUGUUGGCAUCCGUUUCUACACCAAGCAAUCAUCUUCUUAAAACAUCUCUUCUUUGUCUUCUUCCUCCCAUACUUCCAAAUUCUAAUAAUAAUAAUAAUAAUGUAGUCCACAUUCCAUCUCCAUCGUCGACCCUGAAAGGGCUGCUUUUUUGUGUACGUUACAUCUGCUCAAUUAUGGGGGCAGAAAGAAUGUUUUGGUUUUGACUCUCCUUGGUAAUGAUGAUACUUGAGAUUUGAGAACCUUAAUACUCUUCACUACUUCUAUCAGUCUGGUUUUUUAUAGUCUCGUUUUAUAUAGGUCAAUUUGUGUCGAG